AUGAAGAUCGCAGUGAUCGCCGCUGUCCUCAGCGUCUCCGCAGCUGCAGUGCCUUCCGAGAGGCGGCCAGGCUAUAAGAGCGAUGAAUUAUUAGUCACCGGGAUGCAGAAUCUCAGGGAAUAUUACUCGAAGAAUCCUUAUCCAACAACGACAUGUACCUUGAAGAACGCAGCUGUCAGGAAAGAGUGUAUCGCUGCUGGCGCUAAGAACCGUUACGAUGAUUUUGUCGCGACCCACAUCAAUUCCACGCUCUUCAUCCACGGAACCGGCAACUUUCUAACCUGGCAUCGGUAUUUCACGUGGGCGUAUGAGCGAGCGCUCAAGGACGAGUGCGGCUACAAGGGAACGCAGCCGUACUACCAAUGGGCAUACUGGGCCGCCGAUCCCGCAAAGUCCCCAGCACUCGAUGGCUCUCAGACGUCGUUGGGUGGAGACGGCGCGUACAUCGCUGGCAGAAAUUCCACAUGCUGGACAAAAGACAGCGACAUCGUCUCCCUGAUCCAGUCGAACCCCGAUUUUCUCUCCUUCAGCACGAGAAUGCAGGGGGAUUUCCCCAACGGCUUCCUCGGCGUGCAUACAGGCGGCCACUUCACCGUCGGCGGCGACCCAGGCGGUGAUCUCUUCGCUUCCCCAGGUGACCCUUUUUUCUUUCUACAUCACGCCAUGAUCGAUAGGACGUACACCAACUGGCAGCAUCUGGACCUGGCGAAGAGACAGUAUGCGCUCGGUGGAACGAUUACGCUCAACAACAUGCCGCCGAGUCGGAACGCGGAGUUGAGCGAUGAGAUUGACUUGGGGUAUGUGGGUGUGCCGGUAACGACUAUCGGGAAGACGGCGAAUACGUUGGCGGGGCCGUUUUGCUAUGUUUAUGCGUGA